GGCUCGAGCCCGCGUCUACUCCCCCCAGAGGGGGCCGCCCCUUCGGGGCAGCGGGCGGCGGCGGCGGCGAGAGAGCGCUGCGUGCUCGCGCCACCUCCCUCUCGCAUUCGCCCGGCCCUUGCACCCAAUGGAACAACAUCAUGGGUCCUUACCCGCCAGUCCGCGCGGCCCUGCUGUCCCCACUUGCCGCGUGGUCGGCGCCACCGGAACGCACGAGGGGACACCCCGCGGAGUGAACGGCUAGAGGCGAUGAUGCUCGAGCUGUUCCACCUGCAUGACCUCAACGGCAACGGCAGACUGGAGGAGGUCGAGCUGGUGAAGCUCAACGAGAAGAUCGCCAUCCUGCACCAGGGGCGCGACGCGGACCGGGAGCUCGUCCGCGAGCGGUACCGGGGCAUCUUCCGGGCGGAGCUGGACGCUAGGGGGGAGCCUGUUCAGUACUGGAGGUUCCGCGAGUAUAUGUUCAGGAUGCUGGACAGGCUGGACCCGGACGAGCCCACGCAGGCCAUGAUCUUGGACCAGUUCAUCUGGGGGGCCGACCUGGCCCUGUCGGCGUUCCCGGGGUCGCUGAAGGCCGGGCGGCGGGGGCCGGGGCGCGGAGGCCCAGACCUCCGACGAGACAAUGCUUUUGGCGGCAGUGCGCGGCUCCCGCGGUGCGCAGCGGCGUGCUCGCCAGCCUGGCGCAGCGGUCGCCGCGGCUGUCCGCGGCGGAGGUCGCCCGCAGGCAGUCGGCGGUGUCCCCGCUGGCGCGGCGGGCGCCCCACGCCCUGGCGGCGCACGCAGUGUCGCCCCACAGGGCCACGCCCCCGCGGACGCCCCACGCGGCCACGCCGCCGCGGACGCCGCCGCGCGCCGCGCUCGCGCAGCAGGCGUGCCCGCUGGUGGCCCCGCACCUGCCGAGGCAGCCGGCGCCGCCGCCGCCCUGGCUCGCGGCGCAGCCCCCGAAGCAGCCCGCGCCGCUGGGCGCGCGUGGCGCCUCGCGAGGAGCCCGCGCGGGGGGCGCCUGAGCGGCGGCCCAUCGCCGGACGGGGCUGCGCAGCGCUUCCCGCCGCACUGACACUGCUUCCUCCCUCCCUCCUCUCUCCGCGUCCCUUCCUUCCGAUCCUCCCCUCUUCGUCUUCCCCCCAUCGAGAAUACAAUGCAAGCGUGGCGAGCACGUGCAAUUCAAUCGGGGGCGCGCCCUAGGCGGGCCCGUAGGGCAGUCUCGGCGAUGGCCCUCCGCCAAUUACAUUUUUUUGUCGGGGAGUGGGAGGCAAUGCGGGGGGGAUCCGCUGAUGGUGCGCGAGCUGUUGGUGCUUUUUUUCCAGCCAGGCAGAGGCUCAAGGCGCGAGAACCAUCAGCGACAAUCCUGGGCCACCGAUUCUGCACUCGAAUGCGCUUGCUUGCAGUACCGGCUCGCUCCGAAAAGCUCGAUCCCAGAUCGCAGACGGAGAGGUUCAGAGGCAACGCCAGGGAGAGAUAGGCCGGGGGGGGGGUCCAUCGACCCCCGAUCGCCCACUUUUCGCCGAAAGGGGCCUGCUUCGCUCGCCCCGCUCGGGACCGUGCGGAUUCGCUAUCGGGG